AUGGCAAGCUUUACCACCACCACCACCACCAUCGUAUGCAUCGCCACCACCAGCAAAUGCAUCGCCGCCGCCACCACCAUUGCCCACAUCACCUCCACCGAUGCAGGCAUCACCACCGCCGCCACCGUCAUAUGCAUCACUGCCGCCCCCGCCAUUGUCCACACCACCACCACCGAUGCAGGCAUCACCGCCACCGUCGCAAGCAUCACCACCAUCGCCAUGGCCACCGGCCCCCGCGCCAGCACCAGUGCCGGGGCGAUGAUAUCAUGCAACGACUGUUUCACGCAGUGCUACGUGCCGUGCCGCGCCACCGUCCGGUCGAAUUGCAGCGGGCAAUGCGACGGCGUCGAAUCCAGCUGCAACUACUGCAAGACGGAGAUCAUGAAGAACUGCAAGGCCAGCGGCAGCUGCGACGACGGCAGCUGCGACUGCGAUAAGCUCGACACCGCCGGUUCAUGCACCAGCGCCUGCACUACCCGCGACUGCUUCGCGCGCUGCUCCGCCACCGUGGCUGCCAAAUGCAGCAGGAACUGCGACCGGCCGGCGGGCUGCGACGACUGCAGGUCGGCGGCGCUCCAGGGGUGCACGGCGUGCUGCAGCACCGACGGCAGCUGCAGCGGCGGUGGAGGAGACUGCGGCGCGUGCGACUACGACUGCGGCCGCGGGUGCGACAGCGCGGUGGACAGCAGGUGCCGGGGCGCCUGCUACGUGCAAUACUUGGCGUGCUGGCACUGCCAGACCGGGGAAGGACAGCAGUGCGCGCUCGACUGCAUCAGCAGCGGCUGCUCCAGGAACCAGGAGUAUUAG